AUGGCCUCUUCAGCAGGCCUGACACCUCUACCUACAUCGGUGCACCACUCUACCACCCGCCUGACACACUCCCAAGCACACUCUUUCCUCUCGGAAUUCCUCGACCGCGCGGAAAAUGACGCCGCAUAUAGACCGGACAGCACACUGACAGACCGUGGGCCGCAGGCCCUGUCUAGUGGAUCGACACCCAACUUGACGCUCAGUCACUUGAAGAGGAUCUUGAGCGGGAUGGAGGGGAAGCGGAUCGGUGGGAGUCUUGGUCUGGAAGAGGAAGCGAAAGGAAAGAGUGAGAAUACUGGAGACGACGAAGAGCUCGGAGGAUUGGGGGAGUCGGAUGAGGGUCAGACACCGCGGAAGAGGGGGAGCCAGAAACGCGCACUGGACGAAGAUGAGGAAAACGGGGACCCACAAGCCCCGGGAUCCAAGAAGCAGAAACGCAAAAUCAUCUACUCAAGCAACCAAGAAGGCGUCGAGGACCCGCAAGUUGGCGCUGAGGUUGAGGCCGAGACGGCGCUAGAUCAAGACCGAGGGGAGGACGACUGGCAAGAUGCAGAGACGUAUGCGCUCGCCCAGACUGGACUGCGUGAGUACGACACCGCCAAAGACGAACCUCAACUUGAACUCGAGGUGGAAAACAUCGACGGUGAGCGGGACUCGGAAGAACCAGAAGCUGUAGAACGCGACGAUUCCAAUGCAGCUGAGCAGCUGAUGCAGACAACAGCAAGGAAACGUAAGCAGCGAGAAGUCGACGAAGAUGCAGAUGCAGAUCGUGGAGCACAGAAGGCGAACAAAAAGAAAGCAAAGGACACAGGCACAGCCAAGCCAACGGCGACGGCGACGAAAAGCAACCAAGAGGUGAGCAAAGAGGAGAGAAGGAAAAUGAAGAAGAUGCGGCGGAAGGAUGAGAAGAAGGAGAGACAACGGGAGAGGGAAGAGAAGAAUAAGAAUCGGUAG